UGUUUGGCUGCUCAGCUUUGAGCCCCCCGCACCUUGAAGGGCAGGCCCCGCCGGGGUCAUUGGCGUCCGCAAAGCCUGACUGUACGCUUGCUCCUACCUGCCAUGCAGCUCCGGGCUGGGUCAGCACCACUGACCCGCUGGCCCUUCACUGUUCUGAGGGUGGGGCAGGGACUCUGUCGGGAACCCAUGCGGUUCCUGUCGCUAGGGGUGCCUCCUUCUUUCAGGACCAGGCCAGGGAAAAGCCGGCCACUCCAGCUGCCGAGCCUCUGAACAAGGCUGCCUAGGAACCGGCCCAGCCCACCCUUCCAUGCCAAGCCUUCUGCCUACAAGGCCACAGACUCCCCUGGAGAGGGCGAGGGCUGGGAGCUUUCUAGGUCCGGCCGGGUGGAAGGCGCGAGUGCCGCCAGGCAGAUCCUGGUAGCCUGCGCCAGGGGCAGGGGGACCCGUCCGAGUGGGUGAGUCUUUAGGACUGGGCGGACCGGAAGGAGGAGGGUGGGUGCUGGGAGGGGCGGUGCGGUGAUUCAGCUGCAACUUCUCUCACCUGCGCUGGCGGGCGGUGGACCGGCGGCCAGCCGUGGGCGGUCCUGGCCCGCCAGUGGGCGUGGCCAGUCGCGGACUGUGCCCGUUCGCGCCCCGCCCCGGGCUCCUACCCCCCGGCCCCGGGCCCUCGGCCUCCCGCUCCCUGAGGCCCCUUGGACAACGCCUCGUCCGCCCGCGCGCCCGCCCAUGGCUGGGAAGGUGCUGUCGCUGCUGCCGCCGUCGCUGCUGGCCGCGGUGGGCCUCGUCGGGCUUCUGCUGCUGUGCGUCCCCACCCGCGACGUCCGGGAGCUGCCCGCCCUCAAGUAUGGCAUUGUCCUGGACGCUGGCUCUUCCCACACAUCCAUGUUCAUCUACAAGUGGCCCGCAGACAAGGAGAACGACACAGGCAUUGUGGGCCAGCACAGCUCCUGUGAUGUGCGCGGAGGAGGCAUCUCCAGCUACGCGGACAACCCGUCCAGGGCCGGCCAGAGUCUUGUUGAGUGCUUGGACCAGGCGCUUCAGGCGGUGCCCAAAGAGAGACACGUGGGCACGCCCCUGUACCUGGGAGCCACAGCAGGCAUGCGUCUGCUCAACCUGACCAGUCCAGAGGCCUCGGCCAAUGUGCUCGCGGCUGUGACCCAGACGCUGACCCAGUAUCCCUUUGACUUCCGUGGUGCCCACAUCCUCUCAGGCCAGGACGAGGGGGUGUUUGGUUGGGUGACCGCCAACUACCUGCUGGAGAACUUCAUCAAGUAUGGCUGGGUGGGCCGGUGGUUCCGGCCAAGGAAGGGGACGCUGGGGGCCAUGGACCUGGGGGGUGCCUCCACUCAGAUCACCUUCGAGACGGCCAGCCCAGCUGAGGAUCCAGCCAGUGAGGUCCAGCUUCGGCUCUACGGCCAGCACUACCGCGUUUACACGCACAGCUUCCUCUGCUAUGGCCGUGACCAGGUCCUCCGGAGGCUGCUGGCUGGUGCACUGCAGACCCAUGGCUUCCACCCUUGCUGGCCGAGGGGCUAUUCCAACCAAGUACUGCUUGGGGACGUGUAUGAGUCUCCAUGCACUGCGGCCCAGCGGCCCCAGGCCUUCAACAGCAGCACCAGGGUCAGCUUGUCGGGCACUAGCGACCCUGCCCUCUGCCGUAGCCUUAUCAUGGGACUCUUCAAUUUCUCCUCCUGCCGCUUCUCUCGAUGUUCCUUCAAUGGCAUCUUCCAGCCCCCUGUGGCUGGGAACUUCAUCGGCUUCUCUGCCUUCUUCUAUACCAUGGACUUCCUGAGGACGGUGAUGGGGCUGCCUGUGGCAACCUUGCAGCAGCUGGAGGCAGCGGUGGCCACGGUCUGCAACCAGACAUGGAGUGAGCUGCAGGCUCGGGCCCCGGGGGAGCGGGCCCGCCUGCCCGACUACUGCGCGGGGGCCAUGUUCGUGCAGCAGCUGCUGAGCCGCGGCUACGGCUUCCACGAGCGCGCCUUCGGAGGGGUGACCUUCCAGAAGAAGGCCGGGGACACCGCGGUCGGAUGGGCGCUCGGCUACAUGCUUAACCUGACCAACCUGAUCCCCGCCGAGCCGCCGGCGCUGCGCAAGGGCACAGACCUCGGCGCCUGGCUCGUCCUGGUCCUGCUCUUCGCCGCCAUGCUCCUGGCCGCGCUCGUACUGCUGCUGCGCCGGGCGCGCUCUGCCAAGCCGUCGAGCGCCAUCUAGCGGCGAGCUGGGGGCGCGCCGCCGCCGCGUCUCCCCGCACCCCCACCCGGCCCUCACCCCACCCCGUGUCCCCGCCACGCUGCGCAGACCCAGAAGCGGACGCUGGCGCGCACGCCCACAGGGGCCGGGCUGCGCGGCGGGGACCGAGUCCAGCCGUGCCUGCCCGCUCCAGCACCCUCCAGCCUUCAAGGCCUCCCGCUCCUCCUCCUCUCCCUGGGGGUGGGGGAUUCAGACACCCCGCAGCCCUCGGCCGGGGACUUCAGGGCCGGGUGUGCGGGGAGUGGACCUAGGGCCCCGGGAGCACCCCCACCCUCCGGGGUCUGGGUCUGUGUGAGGCGGACGGUCGGAGCCCACAGGCUGAGAGCGCAGCGCCUACUUGUGAAAAUUGUGUAAUAAAGUCUUCUUUCUAGAGCACUGGAGAGAAUGUUGGUGGGGUGGGGCCUCCUUGGGGCCGCUGCCCUCCCUCCGCACAGCUGUGUUGGCCGGGAAGACCCACUGCUAGUCCCAAGGGCGGCCCCGGGCUCCUCCUGCUUCCUUCCUCCC